CUGCAAAACAUGUUAAGUUCGUUACACUGUUACGCGCACAGACACGAUGUACGACAAGAUGUACGAUGCGGACGAAAGCAGAAACCCCUGUUUGCCAGUCAUCGAUCUACUGGCUUGUCAAGAAGAUGCCGCGGACGAAAGCGGGAGCCCCCGUACGCUGCAUUAGCGGUUGGGCUACUAGUCCUCUCAGCAGCUAUUAAUCAUCAGCAGUUAUUAAUCAGGACAUAAACGCACGCAUACAUAUAACUACAGGUUGACUUGCAAACAAUGAUGUCAAAGCAAGUCAACACCAUUUCAAAACGUGCUGUAUCAGCCUCUAAGACCUUAGAGAAAACAAAACAAAAAUGGUCCGACUGUUUCUUCUCGGCGUCACUGGCUGGGUAGGUAGCUGUGCUGCCUACACAGUUGCAGCGGCGCAUCCCGAAUACGAAUAUACCGCGCUCGUACGCAGCGAGGCCAAGGCGGAGAGUGCUAGGAAGUUCCUGCCUGGACACACUCGCUUUGUGAUUGGCGAUUUUGACAGCUUCGACCUGAUCGCCUCAGAAGCGGCAGCCGCAGAUAUUGUUUUGAACUGGGCUAGCAGCGAUCACGACGGACUCAACAAUGCUGUGAUCGCAGGCUUGAAAAAGAAAGGCAGCCAAUGCUAUCUGAUACAUACUUCUGGGACUGGUCUCUUAACCUACGAAGAUGCAAAGAACAACCGUGAGGCGCAAGCGAGUUCCAAGGUAUAUGACGACUGGGAGGGUGUGAGCGAAGUUGUGGGUUUGCCGGAUGACGCAAUGCAUAUGAACGUGGACAGAGUCAUCCUAAAUACCGCGUCAGAGAAUCCUUCUAUCCGCACCGCAAUCGUCGCGCCGCCUCUGAUUUAUGGAGUCAGCGCCAACAAGAAUGCGGCCCGUGAACGAAGUGCGGCGAGACAAAUGGUCAUCGAUAUCUUGAAACAUGGCAAAGGAUUCUUCAUCAACGAAGGAAAGGCGCGUUGGAACACAGUUCACGUGGACGAUCUCGCCCGUCUGUACCUGAUCAUCGUGGAACAAGCAGCACAGGGCGGUGGGAAGGCGACAUGGGGUUCAGAAUCCUACUACUUUGCUGAGAAUGGGGAUGUCUGCUUCGAGGAGCUUGCGAAAGAAAUUAGCCGUAUAGCCUGGGAAAAGGGACAACUCUCAACGGACGAAACAGAAAGCCUCACUACAAGCGAAGGGAAUAAGCUCUUCCCUUUUACAACCACGAUGACGCUGCGAAACUCCAGGUCGAAAGCUGUUAGGGCGCGGGAGUUACUCAACUGGAAUCCGGUCGAAAUUGGUGUUGUCGAAGACAUAACCAAGAACUGGCGAUUCAAUGCCGAGGAGGAAAAUCCAUUCUUCUAAGUGCACUUUAGAAAGCCAUAGCUACACGUUGCUGCCCCUAGACAGAUAUGUAUAUCCCUUUUGAUUGAAGAACCUGAUCAUCGAGUUCUUGAGUUUCUGACGAAGAUUCCAAAAUAUCUUUGAGUAAACUGAUGUGCUG